CCUGGUUCAUACAUCUUUGGAUCUCAAUUCCUUCUCUCAAUAUCUUCCUAAACAAGAACUUCAAACCAGCUUCAAUGGCUUUAAAUUCGACAUCAUGAUCCCACCUAUGACUGAACAUGAUGAGGAGGCUGGUGAUUUGGCUGAGGAAUUGAAUCGAGUAAACAUGGAGAACAAGAAGUUGACACAAAUGAUCAAAUCCAUGAACACCAAGUACAAUCUUUUGCAAAGCCGUUUAUCGGAUUACGUGACCAAAAACCCCGACCGAUCUGCCGCGGGGGCCGCCACCGCCACCGCCAAGCGAAAACCUGAAACACCCAUCUCCGGCAACUCCGAGAGCAAUUCAAGUAACGAAAUUAAUACUUGCAAGAAACCCACAAAAGAUGAACACAAUAUCAGACCCAAGAUUUCCAGGGUUUUUGUUCGUAGCGAAGCUUCGAAAACCGGCCUCGUAGUGAAAGACGGAUAUCAAUGGCGGAAAUAUGGACAAAAGGUGACGAGAGAUAACCCUUUUCCUAGGGCUUACUUCAGAUGCUCAUAUGCUCCAACCUGCCCAGUUAAGAAGAAGGUUCAACGAAGUGUUGAGGAUCAAACCAUAGUGGUGGCGACUUACGAAGGAGAGCAUAACCAUCCGCAACCAUCAAGACAUGAGCUCGUGAGCCCUGGCUUGAGACAGACUGUGACCGCUGCCAAGCCAUGGUCAACCGUCCCCACGGUCACGCUCGACCUAACGAACCCUUUGGAAUUCGAUGGUGAUAACGAAGGCAGCCGAAUAACAGAGCGGUCGGAAUUACAACAGUUUUUGGUAGGUCAAUGGCAUCUUCAUUGA